AUGAUCGACGGCGUGAGCAAGAAGCAUCGCGACCAGAAGGAAAAGCGCUGUCGCAUGCUCGAAGAUGAGCUUUACCAACUCUAUGCGCGACUCACGAAGGCGGAAGAGGUGCGAAGUCUUCAAUUUGAAAACGAGGUCCUCAAGGACAUCAUGGCCCGCCACUCAAUCCCCCUUCCACCCGAUCUUUUACCACGCAAAUCAGCAUUAGCAGAAGUAACCAUAUUUGGGGAGAGUAGCUCACAUCAACAUCUACAAGUGAAAAUGCCGGAAUAUCAACCUUACCAUGUCGCCUCUCAGUAUUGUCCUUCAAGUGCAGAAGAAGACAAAGUACAGAACUCACAAUUUCCACUUGACGAGUUGCCUGAAUAUCUGCAAAGACCCUCAUACCACCCUGACAACCGAAAAUUUGCUCAAAUGGGUGUUGACUUUGUGCUCUCCUUGGAACGUCCUUGUCUUUUCCACACACGGCCUUUAGGCACAGAAGAGCCAUCAGGGCAUGCUUUGUCCAUGCAAGGACUCUUACUCUCAGAAGCUCCAUCGGGCCUGCAUGAUAAAUCUUCUUGGGAGAUUCCUGCUCAGCAGCUAGACAAGCUUUUCGAACUCUCUGGCUCUCUUGGUCUCAACGGGUAUAUCACACCUGUUCAAACAUGGAAUAGGAUUAUGGACCGGUUUAUCAUUAGUAAAAUACCAAAUGGAAAACUGGACAUGUUGAGAUCUGCCAUGAUCCCGCACAUCAAAUGCUAUGGGUUCGGUGCACUAAUCGAAGAGGAUAUUUUCGAAGGGCUCCUGGACGAUAUUCUUCCUAGUCGACCGUAA